AGCCAUGGGAGAGAGAGGACAUGCUGUUCUAUCCAUCAAAAUGCCCGCAUUGUGUUUUCACACGGUAGAGCAGUGAGCAGGGCCUAUAGCGGAGGACAUGGCUCCGUACUGUAGGCCCGAUCAGCGCUCAGGAGCUGCUAGGAUCAAUAAGGAUUGAUGCAUUUUUGCGCGUCUUGAGAGCGGCGGUGGGAUCGCUGGCUGGCUGGCUGGUUGGCUGGCCAGGGCCUGUCCAGCUCUGGUGAUGUUUUGGUCCAGGCUAAGACAAAUGAACAGCAUAAUACUAGACAAGCCAAUGUGAGCUCAGCCGCCAUCCAGCUCUGUCGUUUUGACCCAGUAACCGCUUUCCCACCGCUCAGCUCGUCCUCUCCAUCCCGUCAUACUUGUGUUCAGAGAGAGUCCUGUCUGCACACCAUCAUACAGUUUCCUCCUGUGUUGGUGUAUUCUGAUGGAUCAGUAUGUCUACCACUAAUAAUAUCGCUCAGGCCAGGAAACUGGUGGAACAGCUGAGGAUUGAGGCAGGGAUUGAACGCAUUAAGGUGUCUAAAGCAGCAGCAGACCUGAUGAGUUACUGUGAGCAGCAUGCUCGUAGCGACCCUCUGCUGGUUGGGGUUCCCACCUCCGAAAACCCUUUCAAGGACAAGAAACCCUGCAUCAUCCUAUAGCUGCUU